AUGGCCGGGGAGGUGAAGGUCGUGCCGCUGGAUGAUUGCUGGAUUGGGAUGCUGAUUGAAAAAAUGGGAAAAAGUGAAAACAUGGCUCGUUCGGAAGCAAUCUGCCUCGGCGUCAUGAACAACAUCCCAAUCGACGACACUUGCUCAAUCCGAGGCCUGACCGUCGCCCACAAAGUUUACGACAGUGAAAUUAUGCGAUCUGCUUUCGCUAACAUCGUGUCCAAAAAGUUCAAAUGUGACGAGCAAAGACUGAAAAACACCGAAGCAAGAAUAGGAAAAUUGCGAGAUGAGAAGAAAAAUGCCUGGAAAGAAAACUUCAAGAGUUUUAAGGGAGUCAAUUACGAUGUGCCUAAUCUAUUAUAA